AAGAAAUACGUCUGAAAGGUAAAAUAAAUUUGAAAACUGAGUUUAGCACGUGCGAAGUGACGUUUGGCAGGCGUUGGAAGCGCGUGGGCGGGUCUGAACCCGGGCGGUUCAUGUUUCCGUUCACAACAGUGUCAAUGUCUUCCUCCCUUCUUUUCCCUUUUAAGUCGUCAUAGCUUUCCCUUCCCUUCAAUUUCUCCUCAAACCCUACCUUUCUCCGCGUCGUUUCGCAACCGACUGCAUCUUGGAUACGGGAACAGUGUGCCAAUAUGAGCUCUCGGGCAGGCAAGGGACCUGCUAUCAGAAGUUACCGGCGGAGAAAGACAGCUUUGGACCUUGACCUUAACCGUUUACCGGCUGGUGAGAAUCGUGAGCAGGAGGGACCUUCAACUCAGGCGGUGCCUCAAGAAAUUCAACUUGAACAGCAGCCACAGGUUACUCAACCUCCGAUGAUUGACGUGGAAGCCAUUGAUGAUGAUGUUGUUGAAUGUACCCCAAGGGCUUUUGCUGAGGCUAAAAACAAUUCAAGAAGAAUUCGUAGGAGGACUGUAGUUGAUAUUGAUCUAGAAGAUCAGACUAGGCGCAACAAACGCCGAAGAGAAUUGCCAAAUCUGAUUAUUAAUUGUGAUAAGUAUAUAAAUUUGGAAGGCAGUAGCAGUUCCAUGGGGGGAAGUGUUAAAAAGACACCCGAACCUCCAAAGGAGCUUGUCUUCAACUGUCCAAUAUGUAUGGGCCCUAUGGUACAUGAAAUGUCAACAAGAUGUGGUCAUAUUUUUUGCAAGGAUUGCAUCAAGGCUGCUAUAAGUGCUCAGGGUAAAUGCCCUACCUGUAGAAAAAAGGUUGUUGCGAAAGAUCUUAUAAGGGUGUAUCUCCCAUCAACUAGUUGAAGGAUUUCCAUGGAAGCUGUAUUGAGGAGAAUGGGGAAUUGAAGAAACACCAUUGUACUUUGGACAAUACUGAAUGGCUGUGUUGUUUCUAAUAUGUUCCCCAUGGCAGAUGCUUAGUCUGUUGUUGAGUAGCUGUUUCUCUUACUUAAUUUAUCAUAUUAAUACAUGAUGACAUUUGGUAUAGAUAUAAUUCCUUGAUCAGCUUUUUUUAGCUUUCAUGUUGUGAAAUCUCGGUCUUUUCUUUUUGGUGACAAUAUAUGGCGAGAGGCCAAUCAUGACCCAUUCUUGAGUGUGGGGAUUUUGUAUGUAUCUUCAUAAAUUCACUGAUAGGAUUUCUUUUGCUUCGUUGUUAGUGGCUUAGAGCAGCAGGUUGCCAGUGUGACAACUGUUUUGCAGUACUAGUCCAGCGUGUUUCGUUUCAGUUAACAUGAUAUUUGCUGGUUAAAUACUAUUUUUUUAUCAA